AUGUGCACGCGCUCUCCAAGCAGCGAAUGGGGGAAAAAAAGCAAAAAAAAACAUGGACGACCAGCGGGAUUUUCAAAAUUCCAAACUAACCAAGAACUCAAGCCUCGCCAUCUCUGGUAGCUCUGCCGUGGCCAUGGAGAUAAAAAGGAAGAAAAUACGAAAGAGUGCAUUAUUCCAGCAAACGGAGAACACAAACCUUCAAGAGAAGCUGGACUUUGAGGUGCGGAUGCGAGAUGGAGCCUACAAGCUGCUGCAGGCCUGCAGUAAGAGAGAACAGAUCCUCAGCGCCUCCAGGAACCUGUUGACCUGCAACGCCAGGAUCAAGGCCUACAUAGGUCACAUGCAGAUGUCAAAGGAAGGGCACAAUUUGACAGAAGUCAGCAGCAAGUCAGAGGAGCGUGUGCCAUGUAGAGGAACAAUUGCUCUGUCUGGGCUUCGUAUUCCAUUGAUGUGGAAGGAUGAGGACCACUUCAACAACAGAGGAAGCUCACGGCGGGUGGCCAUCUUCUGCGUGAUGCAGAUGGGCUGCCAGGUAUUUGACACCAAGAUGGCAGUGGUGGACAGAUCCAUUACGGACGUCUGCUUUGAAGAAGUCGCCAUCUUCAAAGAUGCAGUUCCCGAUUUUAAGCUGCGGGUGGAGCUGUGGAGCUGCGCCGCGGAGGACGAGCUCACCCUGGUCAACACACCGAAGAAGCUGGCAAAGAAGCUGCGGAAUUCCUUGGGGAAGACCGCCGGGAAGAAACUCUGCCCUCUGCUGGAUACUCCAGACCCCGACACCUUCCUCCAGCACAACCCGCUGCCGCCAGGAGCCACGUUCAAUCUGCUGGCCUACUCCACCAUGAGACUGCCUGAGGCUGAAGGCACCUUCCAGUCCCAUUCGCUGGUGGUCCUCCAAAAUCCUGAUUGUUCGUCCUGGCUUCCACUUUACGGUAACUUGUGCUGCCGCUUGGUGGCCCAGCCUGCGUGUAUGACGCAAAUCGUGAUGGCCGGCUAUCUCGACCACAAGCAAAGCGUAGCGGGCCUGGAGCGCCGCUGCAGCCUCUACUGCGUGCUGAGCGCCGCCACCUUGUGUUGCUACUUCAGCCCGGAGGAGGCGGACGCCAAAUUGCAGCCGGCGCUGCAGCUGGCCGUCAACAAGGACACUCGCAUCCAGGUGAUGGGAAAGGAGUUGGGAGGGAAGAAGUUUCGCAGUCUGUCCAUCAUCAACCCUUGGCCAGAGGAAAACCAGACUCAAGUCUUCACAGCAGACACCAGCGAGCAACUGGACCAGUGGCAGGAAGCGCUGCAUCAGCACCUCUUUGAUCAGAGUCAGUGGCUGCACUGCUGCGAGCAGCUCAUGAAAAUCGAGGUGGCGUCGCCACGGAAACCAUCCCUCUUCCUCACCAAGCAAGCCGACUCUGUUUACAAGGAACUGAGCAUCAAUUCUCCAGCCAAGAUUGAGAGCAUCACUGACAUCAUCCACAACAAGAUCCAGGAGACUGACGGCCACUUCCUGAUUGGUCAGCAGGAAGGCAGAGAGCCUCCCAAUUGGUCGGCUCUAUUCGGCGGCUCCCGCUCACUCGAAUUGCAGAAGACGGCAGCGACUGAAGUUCUCUCACCGAGUCAAAGCUGCACGCCGUGUUCAAGCCCCAAGCCUUGCUCCAGCUCCACGCCCAAUAGUGGCAAGAAACGGCGUGCCCCGCUUCCUCCCGCCACCCCCGAUGCUCUGCCUCCUUGUCACGCUCCUCGCCCUGACAGACCUCCUCGUCCUCCUCUCUCGCACCCGCAGAAAGAAAACACUUCGCGGGUCAAAUCCAAAACGGGAAGGCCGUCUCUGGAUGCCAAAUUUUCCGCCAUCAUCCAGCAGCUGCAGCAGCACAACAACAAAUAUAGCGGGGGCACUCCGGCACUGAGUCGCAAGAACGCGCCACUCGCUUUCGUUCAUGUCGACAGACAAGGCGAUGACGCUCCCGCACUGAGGAGCAAUCUGAGGAAGUCCUGCCGAGAGAAGAUGAACUUCUAAGACAACACAAAAUUGAAAUGAAUACAGAGGAGUGGGAUGACAUUUGACAUUCUCUACUGUGAAAGAGAUGACUAAAAGGAGACAUUUCACACAAACAUGACACUACUUAUAAGCCCCAGCAUGGGUGUGCAAACCUUUGUGCUCAAGACGGGGCCACAUAUCAUUUUUAAUAGAGGAAUAGAAAUGCAGUGGACCCCAGCUACUGCGAAUAGACAACAUUUGUAUAGGAUUGAUGGCCACUAUAAAUGCAUUGAAAAUCAUUUUUACCCCCCUCCAAAAAUAUAUGGACAAAGCAGAGAUAAACUCUAAAACCAGGAAAAAGGGUAGGCACCCCACCCAAAAAAGAUGAAAAAAUUGCAAAUAGGUGAAUAAAUCCGAGCUGCAAGUAUGUGGGGGUCCACUGUAAUAUUUUUUUUUUUUUUCAUUCAUUAAUUUCUUAAUUUUCUUAAUAGUACUGUUUUUUUCCAUGUAUAAUGCGCCCCCAUGUAUAAUACGCACCCUAAAAAUGGCGUGUCGAUGCUGGAAAAAAGUCUGUACCCAUGUAUAAUACGCACCCAAAUUUUGACUGUUGUUUUGUUUAAGUCCCAAUGAUCGUCACACACACAUCUGGGUGUGGUGAAAUUUGUCCUCUGCAUUUGACCCAUCCCAGUGUGAUUUUGAUCCAUUCCCUGGGGAGAGGGUAGCAGUGAGCAGCAGCGGGGCCGCGCUCGGGAAUCAUUUGGUGAUCUAACCCCCCAAUUCCAACCCUUAAUGCUGAGUGCCAAGCAGGGAGACAAUGGGUCCCAUUUUUAUAGCCUUUGGUAAGACCCGGCCGGGUUACUUAAGUCCGUAAACGUAAAAUUAUUUCAGAAAAAAGAUCAUCUUUGGCAACAACCGGUUGUUAUUCUGCCGGUCAGUAUCACUGCGCAUGCGCUAGCAAACUCGAUAGCAAAGAAAUGUUUCCGAUUUGCAUAGGGUACAUUGUGACAGCAAACGAGCAGGUGAUCCAGCAAGCGUCUGAUAUGAGAGCAUUGUGUUCGUAUGGAGCGUGUUUGAAGUGAACAGCAGAGAAGAAAGGAACAAGGCAAAGUGUUGUGAAAUAAAAUAUUACCUGUAAUACGCAUUUAGGUAGAGAACUGAACUCUCGCUCUUUAUAUAGCUGACGUGUCAAAAAAAAAAAAUAAUUACCCAUGUAUAAUGUGCACCCCAGGUUUUAGGACAAUAAAUUUGUUAAAUUUUGCGCAUUAUACAUGGAGAAAAACGGUAAAUGAUUUUAAUUUCAAAUCUGUAUUAUUACUAACUAUGAUUAAUCUUGCUAAAUAGAAAAAGUAAAAUUAUUUGGUAUUUUAUUAUCUUGUGUGGUAUUUUAUCCAAGCAGACAAAAAGGCAGCAAAUACUGAUCCAAGACCGAAUGAAUGUGAAGCUAAUUUGAUGAAUACCUUUGCGUGUGCGUGAGAGGAGUUUGCAAAAGCCUUGAAAGGAGCGAAAACAGAUUGCCAGUGGGUGUUGAGCUCGGGAGGAGCGCGAGUGCAAUUUAAUAGUCUCGUUGUGUUGCAUAUAACGCUCGCUUUGCAGAGUACGCGUUGGCAAUUAUUCAUUAGACUGAUCGGCCACAUAAACAAGAGUUCAUCCGCGGUCGUGGCAAUGUCAUUAUCUUUAUUUUAUGCCCUUUUUAUGAAUGGAAUCACUUCAAUUAGUUUGACAUGCCUCAAAGCAACAUCUGACUUGCAAAAGAACAAUCAUGGGACUUCAUGAGCUCAGGCAAAUUUAUCCGAUUACGUAUGUGGGUGCGUGUUUUCAAGUUUGUCACGUAUCUUUAGAGAUUUUGGCCGAGCAGCUGAUCCUCUUAUUUCUGCUUUAGUUGUAUUGAUCGAUUGACUAUAUUAUCAGCUUUCCGGAGAAUGUCCUUAAUUUCUGCUUGGACAUCACCAUCAGUGGAAUUUUGCCCAGCUGAAUCAGUAAACACGAGAAUUAACGUCA